CACCUCUUUCACCACAACUUCGUGCACCUUCAACGAUCAACAUCAUUACUCACCAACAAAAAUCCCAAUUUUAAUGAAGACGACGCCCCUUGUCAAAGAUCCAUCAAAAAAAUUAGCGAAGGAGGAAAACAAAGAGAUAGAGAGGAAGGAGAAGGCAAAACAGGCGGCAGCGAGGUAUCGAGUACGGUGCGUCAAAUACUUGCGAUUUUAACAACAUUGAAUUAUACAGUGUUGUUUUAUAUAUACACUUAUAACUAGAAAUGACCAUCGUGUGCGAGAACGAGCGCAAGAACGAAUGCAACGGUAUGGCUUUCGAUGCGAUACUUUCCAUCAUCACCCAAAUUGCAUCGACCAUUCAACCUUUCUCAUAAUUCUCGUGGUCACAUCUUGAUUCUCAAUCUUAUUAGAAAGAGGGCGUCCAUGUCUGAAGAGCAGAAAUUUGAGGAGAAAAGACGACGAAAGGAGGCGAACCAGAAGUAUUACUUGAAAAACCGGGAACGACUUCUGGGUGAUGCUCGCACUAAACGUUCAAGGUGUAUAUGGCAUCUUGUGGAUAUAGCGAUUGUUGACCCAUCUUAAGCACUUUUAUAUCGAAAUACGGCGAGACCGCCUACUGGAACAACUACGAAGUUCGUCUGUGGCCUUACAAAAUUGGCUUACUUGGUAAAAAAGAGAAGAGGGAUCCAAUGGAUGGAGUUGUCGAGUAUCUACCCUGAAAGUUAGACUUCAAAUUACAACUUUCUCAACCAUAGUUGAUCAUCUUCUAGAGAACAC